AUGUCUCAGCCUAAGUUAACAUUACGCCCCCCUCCUAAUGUUGACUUCGUCCAAGGCUAUCCUGGGAUACCACCAGGUGGACCCGACAGGCCCCAAGCUGCUGUCAAAGGUGCCAUUGAGGUCCGGGUAGGACAGCAAGGUGUGAAGGCGAAGUGGGUCCGCAUCGAGCUCAGGAAGAUCGAGACACUCCCCGGCGGCGGUGUGGCCAACACUUUCUUCGACUUCGUCGGGCAGAGCCCUAUCAACCUCUGGCAGUCCCCCGACGACCAGUACAGCACACUACACACGAAUGAUUUUCCGUUCUUCAUACGGAUCCCGGAGUCGAUACCCCCUACGAUAGCACUCGAGAAAGGUGCCGGUAUCAAGUACGAGCUCAUCGCGUCAGUAUGCGUACAAGGCAAGAAGGGUUUUCUGCGGCGAGACAAGCCCACCGUGACUGCGACGGCGUCGGUGAUCACCAUCGACAAGCACGAGCUGCAUUCGACAUGGCCCAUCUACCUGCAGCCCGAGACGCGAUCCCAUUCGCAGGACGGUGUGACUCUCGUCGUCGAAAGAUCGCACACUUGCUAUGGCCCCGGCGACCGUGUCGUGGUGAUGGCGACGGUCAAGUCGGACACGCUACACACCGUCCUCCUGCGCGGCUUCGAGUUCAUGCUUCGCGAGACGACCAUCUUCCGCGCCGCCCCUCAUACGCAAGGCAAGAAGGGCAGCCCUCAGGUCAAAGUGUCGAGCAUUGGAGAGCAGAAGGUGCCAGUGAACGCGACGCUCUACGGCGGGACGCAGCAUAAGGCGGAGCUGAGCAUCACGGUGCCACCGCACCACACGUCGGCAACAAUCAAUGCUGCGAGGCACAUCGAUAUCAACUACGUCCUCACCGUGAAGGCGUUGAUGAACACCGGGCAGCCCGUCAUCAUGGAUCUUCCGGUUAUGAUCUCGAACUGGCCGAGAGCCGUUUCCGCUGAAGCCAUGAGGCGGAUAGGUCAUGCUUUCAACGUUUCGCUCCCUGGCCAUCCGAAUGGCCAAACCGGUUCCGGACAACAGUUCCCGGCCGCGCUCAUGGGCAACAGGGCAACCGCCACGCCUGCGGCCCCAGCUGUGUCUCCCUCUGCGCCAUCCUCUGCCACGCCCUCCCAUACGCACUCGAGCUCUAUCGACAAGAAGUCCUCCAUAUCAGACCUCCGAUCGCCCACUAAGCCCGCGCUCGGACCGUACAAUACUGUACCUCCCAAUUCAGACAAGACUAACUACGGCUAUGGCAGCACGAACGAGUUUGGCGAGCGCGAGCGCAGGAAGACCGCGGAGGGCACCCCGGUGACCUUUGCAGCCCAGACUAUCGGUGCGACGGGCUACGGCGCGUCACGCACACGUGCGGGUAGCGGCGCGUCUAACGAUGUCCCCGUCGCUGCGGUGCGCCCGCGGUCCAGUGGCGGGCGCACUUCAAAUCCAACUAGUCGUUUGACGCUCGUAAACACUACUGAAGAAGAGCUGCGCGAAAUAGAAGCAGAGGCGGAGCGUGCAGCUCGCAGACAGCCUUCGACGAUCCUCGAGAGCCCUGUUGCGCUGGAACCGUCGGCACAGCUAUCGCAGACACAGGCUGCGCCGAACCAACAGAGGACAACGACGCCGAAGACGACGACCGCAGCUCAAAAAUGGAUAAGCGCGGCAAAGGAGAAGGAGAUCUUGUAUCAGCGCGCGGUGGAGAGUGUUAAUCGUGUACAGGGGACGCGCAUUUCCGUUGACAACGGCCACGGAGACGCACAGUCCAUCAAGAGCGCCACCACGCCUGCGUCUGCGGUUAGCAAGCCGGAGAAGCGUUGGCCAAGCGCCGAGGAGGAAAAGGCCCAAGCCCGCCGAUUCGAAGAAGCUAAAGCUGCAGUCGUGCGCGCCCGCGGCCAGGAGGCGUUUGAAGCUGCCAGUGGCUCCGCCUUGUCCGCUGCUCCUGUCGCCAGCGGAAGCGCAAGGAGCCCCGCCUUAUCCCCGGGUGCUACCAUCUACUCUGAAGCAAUGGCCGCCAUCAAUCGGCCUGUUACCGCGGGCUCCACUCAUUCCACUGGCUCUAUAACUUUACCAUAUCACUCCCAGCCAUCUCAACCCGUCCUGACCCCUACUACUCCUGGGAGCACCUAUGGUCGUCAAUCAUCAUCUGGUGCUCUGCCUUCUGCAGCCGAAGAGAAAGCGAUGAUGGCCCGUUACUACGAAGCAAAGACUGCUGUCUGGCAGACACAAUCUGCCCAUUACGGACGUGUGCCCGGCAACGCCGGCCCCGACCCCGUACCGUACGACGCUCUCUAUCCCGGUCAGCAAGCGAUCAGUCCCGUUUCACAAGUCCAGCCCUAUCCAGUGUCUUCCCUGUCUGUGCAACCACCGCCGGCCGGUAUGCCUCCGGCUUUCGUGGCUAGCGGAUCGUCGCAACACCCGAUCCUCUCUGAGAAGGAGAGGUUGCGAAGACAUUACGAGGCUCAAGACGCUGUCGCGGCUCAGGCUCAGCAGCCGCCGCCACAAUGGCAACCUGCACCCCCGCCCCCACAGGAUUACGCGUCCUCGCCUCCACCCGGCCCCUACCCUGAUUUAUCACCCGCUGGCAAUCCGCCGCCUUUCAGCGCACCGCAAACACCCCUUUCCGCGUAUGCGGAGAAGGAGAUGCUUCGUCGAAAGUACGAGCAGCAGGAUGCGGCCGCACAAGGUACCCCUCUUCCGACUCCGACACCUCCCCCGCGGACGUCACAGAUGAUCAACGGCUCUGGCGGACGUGGUCGCCCACCACCAACUCCGCCCAUCUCACCCAAUGUGAUGCCCGGGACUCCUUCCAGUGCGCGCCCUCUAACUGCUGCUGAAGAGAAGGCUCGUCUCAAGGCCAUGUACGAGGCGGAGGACCGCACAGCAGGAGCACGUCCUCCCAUUCCCACACAAUCGCCUUACCCUUCACCACCACCCUCGAACGGAUACCAUGACCCUACUGCCGUCCCGCGCACGACACCCUCCCCUCAACUCCCCAUCAGCGCAAUCCCACCUCCGCCUCCGCCUCCGCUCGCUCCCAAGCCGCCCAAGGAGUACAUCGAGGAGACGCAGCAGGUGGACAUCCGGACCACCGCGAAGCUGCAGGCUAUCGACGCUGGAGAGCUUGACCCCGAACUCGCCUCGCUCGCACCUUCCGAUCACGAAGCCGCCGACGUCGAGGAGACGGACGCGCGCGACAACACGUUCGGGCCCGGAACACUCUCUGCCGCCGCGAACCCUUCGAGUCCCGGCCCCACCUCAACAGGAUUCGCGCCUGGCCUAUCGCGGCAGAGUUCAUUUGCACCGUCCGUCGGUGGUGGGCCGUCAAGACAGACGUCAUUGGUUGCUGCCCCCGGCACGCCCAGGACGGUGCCUCCGCCACCACCUCUUCCCCCGAAGGUGCUGAUUGAGUGA